CAAAAGGUACUAACGAAGACGUCAUGAAGAUAAACAAUUUGAUAGCAUGCCUAAACCUCAGAAUGGCAAAAUAUCCGCAAGAUAGUCGUUUCCCAAGCGAUGAACGAAAAAAUGAAUUAUUAAAUGAGGCAACGAAACAUUUUAACAUCGCUUCACAGAUCAGUUCUCAUGAUGCAAUAUCUUGGGUUGGAAAAGGCAAUGCUUGGUAUUUACAUCUUUUACGAAAUGAUCCAAAUAUGGCAAUGAAUGCCUUUACAAACGCCACAAACCUUGCGUCAAAUAAUAUUCCAGCGUUAUUUGGUCAGGCGCGUGUUUAUUACCACAGGAAGGAUUAUAGGGCGGCACUCAAGAUUUAUCAACAAAUAAUGCAAGCAGAUCCUAGUCUUACUGAGCCAGAUCCUCGUGUUGGCAUAGGUCUUUGUUAUAAUAAGCUGAAUAAUUUUGAUCAAGCAAUUGCAGCAUUUGAUAGAGCUAUCGAAUUGAACCCAAAUAAUAUAUCCGCAAAUAUUUUGCUUGCCACAAUGGAGCUUGACAUCUCUAAACAAUGGCAGCAAAUAAACGAAGAAGAAAGGCUAACGAAUUUUGCAACAGCAAUGCGUCGUUCGAACAAAGUUCUUGAAUUUAAUCCUAACUAUUCUA